AUGAGUUCUUUGAAAUUCAUCCCCAGGAAGAGCGAAGAACGAGGCAAUGCCGACCAUGGCUGGCUCAAAGCGUUCCACACCUUCUCGGCCGGAAGUUAUCAAGACCCCAAGCACGAACUCUUCGGACCUUUGCGCAUAAUUAACGAAGACCGCGUCGCACCCCGAACAGGGUUCGGAACCCACUCACAUCGCGAGUUCGAAAUAUUCUCAUACAUCGUCUCCGGCGAAGUCGAGCACAAAGACUCCAUGGGCAACACCGAGAUCCUCAAACGCGGCGACAUCCAGCUGACCUCCGCCGGCACUGGCAUUUCCCACUCUGAAAAAGCGCACGGAGGUGACGAAGUGCACCUCCUGCAGAUCUGGUCUCUCCCGACCACAGCGCGUCUUCAGCCCAAGUACUUCACUCGGCACUUCACCGACGAGGAAAAGACGGACAAGUGGGCCAAGGUCGUAGCGCCAGUGUGGGCAGACGGUAUCAAGGAUAGGAGGGAUGGCGAGGGCCCGGCCCCGGUACAGAGCGCGUUGACACUUUAUGCGUCGAUCCUUGGGACGGGCAAGGCGCUGAGCAGGCCUUUGGAGGGGAAGAAGGCGUAUGUGCAGGUUAUCCAGACGAGUGGGUAUAACCCGCAACAGGCAACCGGCGCUACUGUGAAGUUUAGCACUAAGGGCGGGGAUGAGGUGGAGUUGAGAGAGGGGGAUGGGGCUUAUGUGGAUGUGAAGAAGGAGGGUGCUAUCUUGGAGGUGGAGAAUGUGGGCGACCGAGCUGCUGAGAUUUUGGUCUUUGAUUUAGAGUGA